AACGAUAGACGCUACGUCACGGUAAAUUAUAUAUCCGGUAGCCGAUUUAUUGACAGGUAAACAAACCAGGUAAAAAUAAAUUGAACAGAAAUAUACAAAAGAUGCAAUCUAGUGUUGAUUCAUACCCAGGCCCUCCAUUCCAGUCAAUGGUACGUGCUAGUGGUUUGGGCGAAAUUUGGACUCACGACGUUGAAGACUCAAAAUUCAGGCAGUUUGGUUGGAGGUGUACAAAUAAGGAGAACUCGUAUGCAAAUGACACGUUAAUAGGAAACUGGAACGAAAAACGGUUCGACAAUACAUAUACUAAAGAAGCCAAAUGUUUGCCAUCACAGCAUGGUCACUACUUUGAAGCAACAUAUGACAAAAGUUACAACUAUCAACCAUACGAAGUACCAAAAGAACUGAAGCAUUUGAAGGAGCCACAUUCACAUUCUUUCCCAGGACACCAACCAGAAAUAGACAGUUCAAAGGUGAAAGCUAUUUAUAACAGUUGGGAAACUACUUCUAGGUCUGCUUACGUAGAUCCCAGAGUAAGACUACGUCCAACACAAACUCCACAGCAGUCUACUGUCCAGUCUUAAAACUGAUGAGAACUUUAGACAAAAACCGGGAGCAUUGCAAAUGUCUGAAAGUACAUAAAGGGUUUACCUUUUAGCAUUUUGUAUUAAGGCGUCAAUUAUUACAUAAACGUGGCUGUAUGUUUUAGUUUGUUUGGAAUUAAGCAUAAUGAUAACAGUAUUAUUAAAGUUUUAUACUUGUAGGACCAGUAUUCAUAAUGAGGUAUAAUUUAUGUAUGUUGAUGUUUUCUGCUCAAAUUUAUGUAGAUUUUAAAUAAUUGUUUUCUUAUAAAAACUUUUACUAGUAUUAGAAA